CGAAGUUCAAGUUUAUGGCUGGGUAGAUUCUAUGGCAGUGCUUGGAUGGCUAAAAGGCGAUCCCGAAAAAUGGAAACCCUUUGUAGCGACAAGGGUGAGAAAAAUAUGUGACGUAAUCCCUAGAGAUAACUGGCGAUACGUCAAAUCUAAAGAAAAUGCUGCUGACUGCGCAAGCCGCAGUUUAUCAGCAGCCCAAUUAGCUGAACAUUCUCUUUGGUGGAAAGGACCCAGCUGGCUACCUUCCUUCGAUCCCGAAAAUUAUCCUGUCGAUGUAUCCUAUGACACGACGGAAGAUCUCAGGAAAAAGAAGUUAGUAAACAUCGCCACUACAAACUUCAAUACCUCUAUAAUUAAACAAUUAUUAAAUAAAAUUAGUAAACUGAGAACUGUAAUACGAGUUAUAGCCUACGUUAACAAAUUCAUUGACAUAUAUUUACACCGAAAUAAUAACGUGACUUACCUUACAUUGCAAGAUCUCAAACGCGCAACAAAUAUGUUAAUAAAACAAGUGCAACAGGAGUACUUUUUUAAAGAAAUCUCACAUCUCCAGAACGGCGAAUCUCUAAAUAAUAAAAGCCAGAUCUUAAAUCUUAAUCCUAUUUUAGACGCCGACGGAAUAUUACGUGUCGGUGGACGGCUGAAACAUUCGCAUUUGAGUCCCGAUAUUAAACAUCCCAUCAUCAUCCCAAAUCAGUCAAAACUGGCAGAUCUCAUUAUAGACGAAUCUCACAAGCUUGUCUUCCACGGCGGAGUUAAGAUGACGGCGGGAUUUAUUAGGCAAAAAUAUUGGAUACUCGGCGGCAACAGAGCUACCAAGAAGCGGCUAAGAAUGUGCGUCAAGUGUCGUAAAAACGAACCCAUACUGAAAAAUCAGCUGAUGGGAGACUUACCCCCAUCCCGAAUAAUUCCCAGUCGACCUUUCUACCAUACAGGAUUAGACUAUACUGGACAUAUUUUAGUAAAAGCUAAUAAGGGUCGUGGCAUAAAAACAACCAAAGGAUAUGUCGCAGUAUUUGUCUGUAUGGUAACUAAGGCCAUACACCUGGAGUUAGUGUCCGACCUUACUGCGUCAGCGUUUAUUGCAGCGCUCAGACGUAUGUCGGCAAGAAAGGGUCUUCCUGGUCACCUCUACAGUGAUCAAGGAACGAACUUUAUAGGAGCUAAUAAAAUCCUUAGACAAGAGUACUCCGAAAUCUCCAGAAUCUUAUCAAGCCAGGACAACCUCGCCGCUAUCUCUGAGAUGAACAUCGAGUGGCAUUUCAACGCCCCAUCCUGGCCAUCUGCAGGCGGGCUGUGGGAAGCCGCUGUAAAGAGCUUAAAACAUCAUUUAAAGAGGGUCGUCGGAGAGCAGAAAUUGACAUACGAAGAGUACAGUACACUAUUAUCCCAACUUGAAGCCUGUUUAAACUCGCGACCACUCUGCCCCUUAUCAGAAGAUCCUGAGGACAUAAAUUUUCUAACCCCGGCUCACUUUUUGGCAAGCGGGCCCAAUUUGACCUUAUAUGAUACGGAAAGUGAUCUCAGAACUCGUUGGUACUUAGUACAAAAAAUCUACAAUGAUAUUUGGACUCAGUGGAAAAAUGAAUAUCUCACACAGCUAUCGACUAGAGCAAGAUGGAGAAAACCUCAAAAGAAUCUUAACCUCAAUGAUAUCGUCAUCAUAAAAGAUGAAAAUCUCCCUCCCGGAAAAUGGGCUCUAGGUCGAGUAGUAGAGAUUCAUCCCGGAACAGACGGCCUAGUCAGAGUCGUCACCCUAAAAACUAAGAACGGUUUAUUAAAACGACCCAUUGUCAAGCUCGCGUUAUUGCCAGUGAAUGAAACCUCCAAUCCUUCCCCGGAUAAGGAACAAGAGAAAAACUCAAAUUAA